GGGCCGGGGCAGCGGAUCAGGGGGCAGCCCGGGCGCAGAGCCGCGGGCCGGAGGGUGCGGGAGGCGAGGCGAUGCCGCUGCAGGACGAUGCCCUCCGGGAGGUGUGGGCCUCCGACAGCGGACACGAGGAGAGCGGGAGCCCCGAGGUCCAGCGGCGCCCCAAGCAGCGACCCGCCCGGGGACCGAGGCUGAAGAAGCGGACGGAGGCCCCUGAGCCCCCCGCGCCCCCGGGACCCACGCCCAGGAGACCCGGAGGCGGGCGGGCGGCUGAGCCCGGGGGCGCCCCGCAGGCAGCGCGGAGGCGGAGGCCGCGGGAGCCGCCCGCCCCCCAGCCCGUCUACGCCAAGUUCGUCCGGGACCCCGAGGCCAAGCGCGACCCCCGAGAAACCUUCCUGGUGGCCCGAGCCCGCGGCGGGGAGGCGGAGGAGGAGGCGGCGGAAGAGGAGGACCCUGAAGAUGAAGAGGAGGAGGAGGAGGAGGAGAGAGUCCCCCCGCGCCCCAGGAAGCCCCCUAAGGAGAAGCCUGCGGCAGACCCCGGGGCGAGGAGGGCCAGGGCCGGGGCGCCGCAGGGGGGCGCGGGAAGCCCUGUCCCCCCAGCAAAGCCUCUUCGGGUGAAGAAGAAGGCGCCAGCGGGGGAAGGGACCAAGACGGGAAAGACAAAGAAGAAAGGGUCCGGGCCAGCUGACAAGGAGCCCCCAGCCAGCUCGGCCGGAGCGCAGAAGGCCCCGGAGGCCCUGUUUCUGGUUGGGGACGGCGGCCCCGCGGGGAAAGCCCUGAAGAAGAAAGGUACUCCCAAAGACUCGGAGGAGGAGAGGAAGGGGGAAGAGGGGGAGGAGGAAGACGUGGCAGCUGUGGCGACCAAGAACAGCAACCAGAAGGGCAAAGCGAAAGGAAAAGGCAAAAAGAAACUCAAGGAGGAGCGGGCCACGUCCCCACCCGUGGGAGUGGGCGAGCCCCGGGAGUUCGUGCUGCGGCCGGCCCCUCAGGGCCGCACAGUGCGCUGCCGGCUGACGCGGGACAAGAGGGGCAUGGACCGGGGCCUGUACCCCUCCUACUUCCUGCACCUGGACUCCGAGAAAAAGGUGUUCCUCUUGGCUGGCAGGAAGCGGAAACGGAGCAAGACAGCCAAUUACCUCAUGUCCAGCGACCCCACCAACCUGUCCCGAGGAGGGGAGAAUUUUGUCGGGAAGCUGAGGUCCAACCUCCUGGGGAACCGCUUCACUGUCUUUGACAACGGGCAGAACCCGCGCCGCGGGGGAGGCGGCGCUGACGUGGGGAGCCUCCGGCAGGAGCUGGCAGCGGUGAUUUAUGAAACCAACGUGCUGGGCUUCCGAGGUCCGCGGCGCAUGACGGUCAUCAUUCCGGGCAUGAAUUCGGACAACGAGAGGGUCCCCAUCCGGCCCCGAAAUGCCAGCGAUGGGCUGCUGGUGCGCUGGCAGAACAAGACUCUGGAGAGCCUCAUUGAGCUGCACAAUAAGCCACCAUUCUGGAAUGAAGCCACUGGCUCCUACACCCUCAACUUCCAAGGCAGAGUCACGCAGGCCUCCGUCAAGAACUUCCAGAUCGUGCACGCUGAUGACCCCGACUACAUCGUGCUGCAGUUCGGCCGCGUGGCCGAGGACGCCUUCACCCUAGACUACCGGUACCCGCUGUGCGCCCUGCAGGCCUUCGCCAUCGCCCUCUCCAGCUUCGACGGGAAGCUAGCUUGCGAGUGA